GCCACAGCCGUGCGAGAAACGGAAUCCCACCGCCUGGUCGCCGCCCUCCAGGUUUUCAGCGGCACUAAAAAUGGCCGCCGUGAGGGUGUUCGAAGGUCCUCCUUAGCGACAGGCGCCCUCACAAUGUGAAGCCCCGAUGUCUGUCUCUCCGGAACAGAGAAGAUGAAGUGCAAAGUGAGUGACUCUCCAAGUGGGGUUGGAAGGUCCCGCCCUGGCCUCGUGAGCAGUGCCAGCCCAGUGUCUCGCCUGCACAAGGAGGAUGUGGCCUCGAACACACGCACCAGCAAAGAUGACAAGAGUGAAGGGAACAUUCUCCGGAGGUCCUCACGAAGAGCCACCAUUGAGCGUAGGGUGUGGGCUAUACCAAAAAAAGUGGCUAAGGCUCCUGUGCCUAGCAUCAAAGAGAAGACUAUUCAGCCUAAGUCAUCCCGGAAGGACAGGGAAAAGAAGGUACAAAGCACAGUGCAAAGCAAACCCCCUAGCAAGAGCAAGGCCUCACCAGACGCCAAAAGAGGCCUUGUUAUGACAGAGGAAACAGGGAAUGCUAGAAGAAAGAUUAAGAAGAAAGAGGGGAUGCAGAAUGUGGGUGACGAAGUGGAGGACGUGAGCGAGAGUGGUAGUGAAGUCGUGGAAAUGGCAGAAACUACAAGUGUCAGUGAUGUGGAGGAUGAUGCAGGAGUGGAUGAUGGCGUCAGCUUGCCAGAAAGAACACUGAACUCCAAGAAGGAAUGCAGUGAAAACAGCACCAGUAGUGGGAAUAGUGACAGUGGUACCAGUGAUCAUGUGGACAGCUCUGAAAACAUCGUGCGGACAGGGCUUCCCCUCCUGGCUGAGGCUGUGGUCAGUUUGAAAGAUACUUCCUCGAGAACUUUAAGCAGUAAUCCUUCUAGAAGCGACAGAGGGCAGGAAGAAACACUAGACACUGGUGAAAUAUGUCUAACCAAAGCAGUCAUAGAGGAGGUCAUCCCAGACUUUGGGAACGAAGGCUCCUAUGUCUCGAGUAGUGUCAGUGGCGAGUGUGAAGUGAAUACCAGAAACACACAAAGUACAGGUCAGGUGUUCAGGAACCUUGAGGAUGUUUUGGGUCACUCCUAUAGCAGACUGGAGCAGGACUGUGAGGUGCAGGAUGAAGCCGUGACUGAACAGAGUCCCUCGCAGACUAAUUGUGCCAGUGAGGAGACUGGGACAGAAAGCGAGGCCCCGGAUAUUGAGGCAGAAGAUGGGGGCAGCGAGGGGGUAGGGGAUGUGACCGUUCAUUCAGAAGGGGAGGGCGAGGGAGAGGAGGGAAGUAAAGAAGGGGACCAACACACCACAGACUCAUGUGAGGCUCAGCUUGAUAUUAGACUAGAAAGUGAGAACAAAGAUGUGAAGGCGAGCAGGGAUGAAAGUCAGGAGAAGAGUGAGAAGAGUGAUGAGGACCCUGCUGAAGCCCCAGGAGAUAAUGACAACACAACAGACCUUAAAACUUCUGAUCAGGCAGAGAGUGUAAGUAGCAUGACUCCGGACUGCUUGACCAUGAAGUCCGACAGCAUGCCUGCCGAAAACACAGACAGCGAGAGUAGCAAGGCAGGUGUGGCCGAGGUGGCAGAGGAGGAGCACGUUUCGUUGAGUGUGGCCCUGGCUCAGCUGCUCGACUCUGGCUGUGGCGAGGCAGAGGGCACAGAGACACUCACCAUCCACUCGGUGUCUCCCGGCGUGCAGGCAGAGCAGGAGGAGCGGCAGGAAGUGGUGGCACUGGAACUGAACUCAAGAGGUAUGGUUGCUGAGAAGACCCAAGAGGAGAUAGAUGAUGAUGAAGAUGAGGAGGGAGAGCUGGUCAUCAAGGAGGAAGAUGAUGACGGUGGAGAUGAGGAAAGCAAUGCUGAGUCAGAGGAAGACGAUGAACUCAGGAAACAAGCUCAAGACGAGAGGAAGGAGGACAACCUCCAGGACUGCCUGUCUGUGAUGAACUCCACCAGAUUCCCUGAGCUGUGCAAGGAAACAAGGUGUGACAGUGAUGCAGACCAACGCACACCUUCCCCCUCACCCACUCCCACUAAGCUGAAGAAACAGAUUCCUCCUCUCAUCAAAAUCAACUCUCGUCCUCCUGCCAUCAAAACUCCGUUGAAGUGUCCAGAAUGUCCCAUGCAAUUCUGCACUGUGCGUUCCCUCUUGUGGCACUUUGGAUAUCACGGAGCAAGAUCUCGGGAGAAUUGUUUGCCCCCAAUCCUGUUGCAAGACCUUAUUGUUCCGUGGGACAAACCAACUGUCUCCCUUUUUAUAUCUCAAGCUGCAGAAGGUGAGAAAAACACAGAAAAAAUCAUUGCCUCCACAGAGAUGUCAUUAGCAAUGUCACCUUCCCUUGAUGCUGCAAUGAAGGUAGACACAGCCAGCAAACAAGAUCUGAUAAUGGCAACCCAGAUUCUCAAAGCAGACGAUGGCAUGGGGACCAAUGGGGAUGUCAUCCUCAAGGUCCCUAUCCCAAGGCUGAAACCCAAGUCCCAGGGCCCUUCUACAUUUAAGAAAGACAAGUUUAUCAACAUCCUGCCCAAGAUAAGUAGUGACAGUCAGGGCUCCGUCACACCUGCUGCUCCCCACCUGGCCAAGAUAAGGGCAUCCAGCUCCCCCACACCACAGAUAACAAUACAUGCACAGAACAACAAGCCUGCAGAUGUUGUGACUGUCAAACCCCAAUCAUCUGUCCCAAAGAUCACCAUAAGGGCUGACAGCUCAUCUCAGCAGGUCCAUGUCAAACCCAAAGCACCAGCAUCAGCACACUCUGCAGUACAAAUCAAACCUCUCAUAACAUCCUCACAAUCUGCAGUCCAAAUUCAGCCCCUCCUUUCUUCAUCCCAGCCAGCAAUUCAGAUCCAGCCUCUGGUGUCGACAUCACAGUCAGCUCUCCAAAUCCAGCCUCUUGUGUCAUCAUCCCAGUCAUCGCUGCAGAUCCAACCCCUUGUGUCCACAUCUCAGUCAGCACUACAGAUUCAACCUUUAGUGAGCUCCUCACAAUCAGCACUACAAAUACAACCUCUUGUCUCCUCCUCACAGUCAGGACUCCAGAUACAACCUCUGGUCUCCGGCACCCAUGCUGCUGUUCAGCCCAUUGCAUCCACCACAACCAAGUCUUCAUCAGGCACCAGUCACAUUGCCUUAAUUCCAGUUGAUAACCUCACUGCAGUGGGACAGAACUUCCCUUCAAGAUCCAAGACAGUUCCUCCUUCAAUCAGAAUGAUGCCACCCUCUCCACUGCCAGUGAAAACAGCACCAAGCUCAAUGGAUGGCAUCCUGGAGAAGGAUGGGUUGGUUAUGAUUAAUUCAAACCUUGCACUACGUAUUGUCUCCUCUCUACCCAGUACCCUUGAGAGUGGUACCAGCACUACCACCUCCACCACUACCAUCCGACCUAUUGCCACUCAUCUCACCACAAACAACAACCUUACCAUCCUGCCACAGGUUGAGGGCAGCAAGCUCAGUAACUCUAAGAAGGAGGGCAUGAAAAAUCCAGACAUCCUCACCAUUGUACCACAAAUUGAUGUCAACAAGAAGGUCUCCCUCUUAAAGAAUGCACCACCUACCGCCAACACCCAAGCAUCUGUUCCUAAAGGUUCUCCUGCAUCUCAGGUUGUGAAGCUAUACCUCCUGCAGCCAAAAGAUACCAAAGGCAAGAAUGGAGGAGACAGUACAACAAAGCUGGGCAUCCCCACAGAGCCAUCCAUUGGGAUGAAUGGCCUGGAGGUGCCGCUGCCUCUCUCCAAUGGCAAUGAGAGCAAUGCCACCAGUGAGAAUGGGAAUUCAAGAGAGCAGGGAACGGAUGAAGAUGAGGAAGUUGAUGACUUAGAUGAAGAGGAGGAGGAAGGAAUGGUGAUUGAUGAUGAGAGAGACGGGGACGAGGAUGUCAUGGACCCCCUCAGCCUGUGUGCUGUGACCAUGGAGGAUGAGAACCUGGAUGCCUCAAACAGCUCCAGCCACGCAGAGCAGUUUAGUGCUGACUCAGCUGCCUCAUCUGAGGACAAGGUCACCAUUAGAAAAAUAGUGGGGAAACCAAAAGGAAAGAGUAACCAGGGUGUGGACAUCGUGAAAUAUGAGGCAAGAAAGUAUGUCUGCUGCUACUGCAAUAGAAGGUUUGGCUGGUCAACAGACCUGAAGCGACAUGUCAUCCUCCACACAGGAGAAAAACCCUUCCAGUGCAAGGUUUGUCCCACCGCAUUUACCCGAAAAUUCCUUCUCCAGAACCACAUGAAAAGAAUGCACCCGGACAAGUGCAAAAUGUCAGACUUGUGGCCUUAGGAGUUUUCUUGGCAUUGAUGGUCUUUCUCAGUGAUAAUUUAUGUUACUGUCAGUGUGCUGAAGUUUUUGGAGUGACUGAUUCGUGGUGUGGAAGUGGUCCAGUCGAGUGUAAUGGUUUCAUUGAAGGGCAUUACGGCUUACUUCAAAUAUUCAGAAACUAAUGGUUAUCUCAAUAAGUGUUACCUGGAUACUAGUCACGGAAAAUUCUUUCAUGAUUGCUGUACCUUAUCUUGAACACUUCUUGUGAUGUAAGGUUAGAGCAGUCACUUAUAAAAUUAUAAGCUUUAUAUUGUUCCUUCUCUGGCUAUAAGGCAACAUUGCGAAUGAAAAAUUAAGUAAUUUAUUCUAGUCGCAAAUCCGAACACAGGCCUGAAUACACACAUACAUACAUAGUGAAUACAUAUAUACACUGAAUAUUCUGCACCUACAAUAUAUUUAUAGAAAGUUAUUCAGAUUCAGUAGCAUUUUUCAUUAACAUCUACUUUUGAUGAAUGUGAUGUGUGACAUUGAAGUUUUUGUUUGAUGCUAAUGAAAUAUAUUUUUUCACUUGCAUGUUUUGAAGUAAACUACUGUGGAGAUUUUACUGGAUGAGUGGUCAUAAUAUUAAGGGUGACUUAAUUGUAAGAUAAACAAGCAGAAGCAAACUAAUUGGCUUCAACUCUGGUGCUCUUCCUUGGAUAACCAUCUGCAUUUUACCAAAGACUCACUCCAAAAGUUUUCCCUUCUUUAUUCUUUGUAGAUGUAAACAUUUAUUGCAAGGUACAUUUUUCAGCCAAAUCAUUUAAGAAGAAACAGGAUGGAUUCUGUUAUGCAUGUAUAUAAAUCAUUCUCUGGUGAUGGAUGUGGGUGAUCUGCAGACUUGUGAUCAUGUGCAAUGUGCUAUUUGGAUUUUAAUUAAGAGUUUAACAUUUUAUAAGUGAAAUUAUGUGAUUUGCAUAAUAGACUCAAGAAAACUUGUCACCACAAAUAGAGGUUUUUAAGUAGAACAUCCAAGCUGUGUUGUCUCCUUUUUUAUAGGCACAAAUUUGGAGGGGGUAUCAAAAGAGGAAUUUUAGAGAUUUAUAACAUUAUCAUUUAAGUGUGUGGGAUCUGUUAAUUAGACACAGGUCUCUGAAGGAGACCAUGGUUAAAAAUUACUUGUAUCAAGAAAACUGUGGAGAUGGUGAUUAAGUGCUAAUGAAAAAUAUUUUAUCUAUUUAAAUUAUCUGAACACAGUCUCAAGAUAUUUAGUUCAAUGGAUAAAGACAAGAAGCAAAAUGCCAAAAUAUACCUAAUGAGCACAAACUUGAAUACUCACCAAAUCAAGAUAAAUGGUGACCAGAUGGAUAUUUAAUUUGAUGCAUUGCUCUCCAAGUCACUAAGGCUGUUUACAGAAUGGUGGAGUUCUAGUUUUCUUUAGUCUCAGUCUCUUGUGAGUCCAGCAACUGAAUUGAAAAGAUGGCAAGAAAUAAUUAGCUAGUAAAUUAGUGUUGCAUGGAUAUGGUGAGGUAAUGAAGCAAGAAAUCAAAACUCCAAAAUAAACAGAGGAUAGCUUUUGUUGUUAUGGUACUUUACUGAUUUUGGGAUGGAUAUAGGUGUAACUGAGAAUGUACAAUGAAUCAUGAAAGUGGGGGCUCAGGUGAAGGAAGCAUAGCCAAGGUACAGAAGGAUGGCAUGAUGAGACCAGAAUAUUAUUGACAUUACUAAUAACACUAGAAUUUUGAGGGGAUGAGACAGACUUCAAAGAAGAAAAAUAACAUUAACAACUAAAAAUAACUUAAUCCAAUUAUGUUGUUUCUAACUAAUAACCCAAAACUUAAAGAAUAGAAUCUUGAUUCAUAUCAAAUAAGCAUUUUUAAUAAAGCAUAUGAAGCUGUAAUGAAAAUUAUCAAAUUAUGGCCAAGAGAAAGAAGACAUAGUGAGGAGAGCUUUCACUCUGGUGUCAGAAUGGGGAUAGUAAUUCCAUCCUCACUGUAUUUAUUAUUGACUUUUUGUAAUGACAUUCUGGUCCUCUUUGUCUUAAUUGUUUUUGUUAGAGUUGACUUCCUGUAUAGAAAAAAAAAAAAAAAAUUAUUGGGAGACUCAUGGCAAUGAUUCUCUAAUCAAAAAAUGCGCAAUGGACUGCACAUCCUUGAACACGAGUAUCACAAAAUUGCAAGCUUAAGUGUACAUGUGUGUGUGUCAUUCACUCAUUACUAAGUCGUGCCUCGUGUUAUGGUUUUUGAUAUGGCAAAUUUGUCAUUUAAAAUCAAAGGAGUUGAAAAGCUGCAGUGGUUUUGUAUCAUUCAUUGCAGUGAUACAUACUGUAGUUUAUGCUUUUAUGUUCACAUAACUUUAGUGUGUGAAAAUAGUGGAUUCCUUACAGAGGAAAUGUUUCUACAUUUGCUGGAAAACUGCAUCCAGGUACACCAAAAAUAUUUUUCUCAAGGUUUACUGAAGACAAUCCUAUUUUUAUGAAGAAAUGCAUGACAUUAAUUGAAAUCCAGAACUGUACAUUUUCUUGUAAGAAGUAAUCACAUGAUAAUGAAGUUGAUUUGUUAUUUUAAGAAUAAGUUAUUAAGAAAAUUUAUUUAUUGAUAUCCUGUGCCAAAGUUUUUUGUUAGGUACAUCUAAUACUAUCUAGACAGAAGUCUUCUGCCAGAAUCUCAACACAUUUUUAUGUGAAACAUCAUAGUUGCUGUGGAAUAUGGGCAGAUAAUGACUGCAGUGGUAAUGGUUUUAGUGGGUACUAUGCAGAACUGACAGGAACUUCACAUCUGACAGAAGGUCACCACUCAGAUGCUCUGUUACUUAAGGCUUAACAUAAACAACUUCACUGUGUUAUUUUAAAACUAUACACUGAAGUUAGAGAAUGAAACGAGUUGUAAGUUGGCACUGAAAGUAAUUUUUCAAUAUUCCUUUCUUAUCAACAAUGAAAACAAAUGCAUGUAUGACAAAAAUGAAUUUGAAAUAAUAGGGCACAACUCUGAAGAUUGAAGCACAGGCCCCCUCAGAGAAGUAAAGGAUGUGGAGAUGCAGGCACCAAAAUCAGAUGUAUGUGCCAAAUGUUGGGUGGUCUUAUUAGAAACCUGUAUGCCAUUAGUCAGCACAAUUAACAAGGAUGUUCUGAUGUGUGAAAAUGUAAUGUUCUGUUUACAAAUUAUUUAAUACAAGUAAUCUUCUCAAUACAUGCUUUAGGUUUUUAUUUAUUUUUGUUUAUUUAUUUUCCCAUAUAUAGUUUGUGCAUUGCAAAAAUAAAUUGCUUUGUAGAUAAUGUAAAAUAUAAUUUUUAUAUAAAUACCGAUAUGUAAAGUUUGCUGUGCCAAAGUUUAUGUAGAAGUAUAUUAGAUUUUUUUUAAGAAAUACAAAUAAAUAUCUACUGCUAACCUUGUCUUUUAACCAAUAUUUUUUUUUUUUUUUUUUUACAGCCUUUAUGGAAAUGGAUAUCGAAAGUACAUAAAACAUGUUUUGAAAUGUCUGUUAAAAAUAAGUAUCCAACUUAUGCCAGGGAAAAAUGAGUCUUACCUUUUGGACUCCAACUCUUGUCUAAGUAGGCUGCUUGGUGCACACCAUGCACAACACCCUGGCAGUCAGAGGAAAAUCAACAUUACUUUGAAUAUGCUUCUUACUUGGCCAGAGGCACACCAGUGACAACUGAGCUUUGGGUUGCAUGUGUGCACCUGGGAUUCAUCACCAGUGGUCAUGGUGUUCACUCAAGAAGUGAGGUUCACCACUGACACACUCCAACACAUCUUGCAUAACAUCAAAAUGGAGUUGUUGCUGUUCAUGCAAAGACAGCUUGGGCACCAAAAAUUUCAGUACCAUUCUGACAAGCCUAAUUGAUCUUAAAAUUGCAUGUUCAGAACCAUAGCUAUUCUCAUUGUUAGUACCCAACAGUUUCUUAGUUGAUCAACCAACUGUCUUCCAAAAUGAAAUUGUGCACUUGGCCAGUGACAUGGAUUACAGGUUGUUGAUGCCACACUGAAAUGCUAAUCACUCUUUACCAAAGUUUAGCCAUCUUUAAAUUGGCUAAGGCAUGGCAUUAUUACCAAAAAAGCCUGCUGAACUUAAGAAGUGUUUCAACUUAAUAUCACAAAUGUAGCAUGUUAUACAGCCAUUCAUUGUUAAGUCUGCUGCUGCAGCUGCCACCAUUCUUGCCUCUUGGCUACAACUGAUUUGUAGGAAAAUAAGAUUGGAUACUUCUGAGCAUACUUGAUACAUGAGUGAAAAUAUAGAAUGAGCUUGAAGUCAUGUGGAUUAAAACAUAAUGAUGUUUAAAUCGCUUUUUUACCAAAUUGCAAAUACCUCUGUUGGAUGGUGCUUUGCCAGGCAUUUAUCAAGUCAGACUGGCAUGCAUGACCUUACAUAGAUUAUUUGGAUUUAUAAAAUGUAAAAAUUAUUGUAUUUUGAUGAUUUUGUAAACAUUCACAGCUUGGGUGUUAAGUUGUGGUGCUCAUGACUUAUAGAUUUCUUUCAGCCAAGAAUAUUCUGUAUUUCAGUAGUAUGGAGGAUAAUUCUUCAUGGUGGUUUAUGUAUUUACCAUAGUGAAUCACUCAUGUUUUAUGGGAGUCCUAAAAACAUGAUUGGCACUCCAAAAAGUACUCACAUUUCAUGCUUCUGUACUGAACUUUGCCACAGAUGUCAUUGUGACACACCAGGUACUUUUAUGACAUUUUGUGCUGUAUGUAUUUGUGUAUGUAGGUUGUAUUUUCUCUUUUCUUCUUUUAUUUCUUCAUUGAUGGCUUUGAUUAUUCUGUAAAUUGAAAAUGUAGUUUAACAAAAUUUUGUUUCAUCUCCAUUUUUAUUUUAUUUUAUUUUUUUUUUUUCAUAGUGCUCAAAACUUUUUCUCAUCUAUAUGACAUGUAACUCUCAACUUGUAACUUUUUGUCCCAGUACUGCUCACUCAGUAACCAAGGCUGUAUAGGAAACCAGAGAAAGUUUUUUGUUAAUGGUACAGAAUGUUUAGAACACAUUAGUUAUUUGCAAAAUACACCUAAAUACCAUCCUCCCUUCACCAGGAUGUAGACAGGCCAAGGGGUUCAUAACAAAUUCAGCUGAAUUGUACUCAGAUUUGAAUAUUUAAGUGAGUUUCAUUCAUCUUUAUUAAAAGUGGUAUUGUCUUUUUAUUGAAUGAAACUGAAGGCAGAUAAUUGAAAUGCUCAAAGAAGUCAGCUAGACAUUAAUAUUACAUACCUACCUAAUAACUUUUCCCUGGUUGCCUGAGUUGUAAUGCUGUGAUCAUUGUUUUCCAUGAAAAGACACAACUCAUCAAAAUUUUCACUAGUGUACAAACUUAAAAGGAACCACAGUCACAUUUUUUUUACAAUCUUACAUGGACUAUGACAAAAGCAAAUAUCAUUACUUGACUGAGUUUAACAUGUAGAAAGAUUAUAUAUAUGAUACAAAAACUGUACUUUCACCAUCUUAGUCAUUACUUUACAUAAUUAUUUACAUGGUAGAAACUUUCCCUUAGUACAGCUUCUACAGGAAAAAUAAAAGUGAUCUGUUAGUUAGCACAGGAAAGUAACCAUAAAGUUUCACUUUAUGGUUUGCAAACAGACAUUUAUGUACAUGUUGUAAUGGUUGCAUCUGUUUGUAUGGUGAUGUUGGCAUAUUGGUGUGGGGAAGUCAGUGCCAUGAGGGUGGGACAGUAAUUGCAAGUUCCUGAAUUAAUUUAUAACCAGUAUGUUGGCUGGUGUACAUAUGUACAGAUAUAACAAUAUGCAAAAUACUAUUUUGUAAGUGAAGGUUAUCACACAUUAAUUAAUCUUCUUUUUGUAUUUUGUCUUUGAUGUAUUGCAGUGCCAUGUAUCAAAUGCAUUUUGUAUGAGAGAUUGUUGUAUAUCACCUACAUACAUAGGAUUGCCAGUGUGUAACCUUUCAAUUGGCUGUCUGCUCGUUUGAUUUUCAUGUAAUUUAUAUUUAUAACAAGGAAAAGCCUUUGUUGUGCUUGUAUGUACAUGAAUUACUACACUGUAUCUCUUAACACCCUCACUUUUACUGUGGUGAACUUGAGUAGUCAGAAAUGCAAAGGUAAUACAUUGUUCUAUGUUGGAAUAUGCAAGACAAUGUGAAUAUGCUGUAUGUUGUUGCCUGUGUUGCACAUGUUCUAGUCUGUGUUAUGUAUUCUUUGGUGAAGUUUCUCUUUUGGAAGUACAAAUACUGGCAGGCUGAUUCACUUCCAUGAGCCUUGGUAUGCAGCCUGAUUGUGUAAUGACACUUGUAUCUCUUGAGGCUUUUUCUUAUAUGUCAUUUUUUAAUCAAAUCCUAUGGUUUCUGGACAAAUGUUAUUUAUGGAGGAUGAUGAUGCUGCAGCAGUUCAUAAGCUGUAGAGAAACUUCUAAGGAUAUAACCAAAAUGAUCUUUGAAUAGUCACAGGAAUAAUGUCAUAACUUUCAUGGUGAUUUAUGUAAAAGUGCAAAUUUUUCCAGAAUGCAGUCUUAAUAGUGUAACGUAUCCCUUUCAGUCAAGAACAUGAUUAUUGUGCUAAUUUUAAGUAUGAUCCCAUUUUUCAUUACAUAACAUGUACUGUACACACCUGCAGUAUGUUUUGAGAAAGUUUUAUCUCAGUGAUAAAACAUAUGUUGUUA